UUGAUUUAUUUACAAAAUUGCCAUGUGAUACACAAAUUUUGUGAAUCUCAGAAAUUAACUUGUAUUUACCUAAGUUAAAACAAGGACAAAAUUAGAACAUAAUUUUUUAAAAAAAAAUAAUUUAUUCUGCAUUUAGGUAAAAUUAUCCUGCAUUUAGUACUCCCCAAUUUAAAUUAUGUGAUUUUGGGUGGUAGUAAUAUAAAAUAUUUUUUUAAAUGGAUAGUAAAUGUGAUGCAUGUUGCUUUGAUUGUGGUAGUAAAUGUCAAUUUUUCCCUUUAACAACCCAAAAAAAAUUACUCAAAAAAAAAAAAAAAAAAAAAAAACAAAUCUCAUGCGUACAAAGUUACAAACACCCAUCAAAAAAUUUAAAAAAUCUGUGUAAUUGAUCUUGCAACUGCCAAAUUUCAGCUUUGCGGCUUCUGGAUAUCUAUUAAUCACCGCCAUGGAUGCAACCUCGAGCUCCACUGUGGUUUCGCAGAUGAGAUUAUCAUCUCCCUCCCUUCGUAAUUUCAAACCUAGAUUCCUCAAGUCAAGUCCACAAAUCAGAAAUUACAUCCCUCCUUGUAGAUAUACAUGUAAGAAUUCUUCAUAUGGCUCUUCUGACUCAGUUGACAGUAAAAGCAGCAACAUCAGUGGAUUGUCUUAUUUUCAACCAGAGAAGAGAAGUAAUGUAGGUGUGGGAAAAACAUUUUGUUCUGCUGCUUUAUACACAAGCGCAUACGAUGAAAACCUGGCAAAAGAUCCCUCUUAUGUUGCAGAGGAAAAGAUUGGGGUGCUUCUACUGAAUCUUGGAGGACCUGAUACUCUUAACGAUGUUCAGCCGUUCUUGUUUAAUCUAUUUGCUGACCCAGACAUCAUUCGCCUUCCAUCAUUGUUUCGUUUUCUGCAAAGACCCCUUGCUAGGUUAAUUUCUAUGCUUAGAGCCUCUAAAAGCAAGGAAGGAUACGCUUCGAUAGGAGGGGGUUCACCUUUGAGAAAGAUAACUGAUGAGCAGGCAAAUGCACUUAAGUUGGCACUAGAAGCAAAGAAUAAGAAUGUAUCUGUCUAUGUUGGUAUGAGGUACUGGUACCCAUUUACAGAAGAGGCGGUUCAACAGAUUAAGAGGGACAAGGUUACAAGACUUGUUGUCCUUCCUCUGUAUCCUCAGUUUUCUAUAUCUACAACAGGUUCCAGCCUCCGAGCUCUUCAAAACAUUUUCAGGGAAGAUGCAUAUCUGUCUCGCUUGCCUGUAGCUAUCAUUCGAUCCUGGUACCAGCGAGAAGGUUAUAUCAAGUCCAUGGCUAACUUGAUUGAGAAAGAGCUUCAAUCCUUUUCCAUGCCAGAUGAGGUUAUGAUAUUCUUCAGCGCUCACGGUGUGCCAGUUAGCUAUGUCGAGGAUGCUGGAGAUCCAUACAAAGAUCAGAUGGAGGAUUGCAUCUUCUUAAUUAUGAGAGAAUUAAAAGCUAGAGGAAUCAACAAUGGUCAUACACUUGCUUAUCAGAGUCGAGUUGGUCCUGUGCAAUGGCUGAAACCUUACACUGAUAAAGUUCUUGUUGAGCUUGGCCAAAGAGGAGUAAAGAGUCUGCUGGCUGUUCCUGUGAGUUUUGUGAGUGAGCACAUUGAGACGCUUGAAGAGAUUGAUAUGGAAUACAAGGAACUGGCGCUUGAAUCUGGCAUUGAGAAUUGGGGUCGUGUUCCUGCUCUCAACUGCACUUCUUCUUUCAUCAACGAUCUAGCUGAUGCUGUCACUGAAGCGUUACCUUCAGCAACUGCAAUCUCAACCAGCACAUCUGAAGAAGUAAAUGAUCCGGCCAAGAUUUUCAUAAAAUUGUUUUUUGGCUCUCUAUUGGCCUUUCUCCUGCUUUUGUCCCGAAAGAUAUUCUUGGCAUUUAGGAACAACCUUUUGUAGAAAUUGAUAGAAGACUUACCAGGUUUUUGAAGCCACACGGACACAGUAUACACUAAACUGACUGCAGAUGAGAAUCAUAUACAUGGACUUGAGAGGAUACUUGUUUCCUUUUGAUUUCUUGCUCAACUUCCAAAUGAUGACAAAUGUAUAUAGUCUAUUUUGUCUCCGGAUGGUUAUUGUUUAAAAAUAUACAUCUGUAACAAGUAUGCGUGCAUAGAAAUUGGAACGGAGAUUUCUGUAAAAAAAAUUAUUGUUGAAUAGUUUUCUACAAUUCAAUUGCUGCUAUCCUGCUUGCAAGUCU